AUGCUAAUUCUUGUCCGUCACGAUGAUACAGCCCAGGUCAUCAUCCAUACGGCAAACAUGAUAGCGAGGGACUGGACCAAUAUGACCCAGGCGGUUUGGCGAAGCCCACUGCUCCCACUACACGAGGAACCCCUGGCUUACAGCAUGGGAGGCAGUUCGACCGCAUUUGGCAGCGGCGGCAAGUUCAAGGUUGACCUCCUGAACUACCUUAGAGCAUAUGACCACCAGGGGAGGACUGUUUGCAGGACAUUGGUUGAAAAGCUGGAGAAAUAUGACUUUUCUUCGAUCAAGGCCGCCCUGGUUGCAUCUGUCCCCGGCCGCCACCUUAUCCAUGACGAAUCGGAGACGAGAUGGGGCUGGGCAGGCUUGAAGCAGGCGCUGAAAAAUGUGCCUGUGCAAGAAGGUGAGUCUGAAAUUGUGGUUCAGAUCUCAAGUAUUGCCACCCUAGGGCCAACAGACGCCUGGCUCCGCCGAAGCCUGUUCGACUCGCUCAAGGUCUCAAGGAAUGCCACCCAGAAGCAGCCCAGCUACAAGAUCGUGUUUCCUACGCCUGAUGAAAUCCGGCGCAGUCUGGACGGCUACCAGAGCGGAGCCUCGAUACACACGAAGAUCCAGUCCGCCCAGCAAGCCAAGCAGCUUCUUUACUUGAAACCCAUGUUCUGUCACUGGGCGAAUGAUGCGCCACGAGGACGGGAACUCGAAGGGGGCCUCUCACAUAAAGAGGCAGGUCGCAAGCGAGCAGCGCCCCAUAUCAAGACUUACAUUCGCUAUGGUGAGAAAUCGAUCGAUUGGGCGCUCACCACGUCGGCGAACCUGUCCAAGCAAGCCUGGGGAGAAGCCGCCAACUCGUCUGGCGAGAUGCGGAUAGCGUCAUGGGAAAUUGGCGUCCUGGUCUGGCCGGCGCUCUUUUCUGAAAAGGCGAAGAUGGUCGGCACGUUUCAAACAGAUACCCUGGAGGAGAGCACAGAGACAUCAACUGUAGCUCUUCGCAUCCCGUACGACCAACCAUUACAGGCCUAUGGUGCAGAUGAGAAGCCAUGGGUCGCUACAGCAAGCUAUCAUGAGCCUGACUGGAAAGGUCGGGUGUGGUAG